AUGGAACCGGAGCAAUCUGGAGAUCAUAUACCCAGAGUAAAGGGUUUGACUUCAAGGCGAUCUUUCCUCUCCGGUCGAAAGCAGCAUUUAUCUCGGCAGGCCCUGGAAACCGAAGAGGCCGGUAUCGUCAAGACGAGCAUAGAGCAGAGAGGAAAUUCUGAAGACAGUCACCCGUUUGAGGACGACGAUGGCGAUCGUGUGAUGGCUAAUGUUUCUAGAUCCCCCCCUCCACUCGGCAGCGAGGAUACGCCGAUACAGGGAAUAGAGAGCUAUGACGAUGGCUUGAAUGAUGGCAAUGAUUGUGACGACGAUGAAGAAGACAUUCCACCGACAUCCGACAGCGAGUUUGAUGGUAUUAUCGACGCUGAAGCUCUUCGUCAUGGCGACAUCCAAGAUACAUCUGCUCACGCUGUACGCCAGGCUAUCGAGCUGGAAGAUGCAUUUGGUGCAGGAGAGUACGAGGAAUGCAUUUGGGUGGGUGGCCAGCCCGAUGAAUCCGUGCCUUUCGACGACAAUCUCUCUGAGAAACAGACUGUACCGGUUACAGCAACUUCUCUUCGACCGGAUGUUGACGACACCUCAAUCCUUGUCCCAGCUCGACAGAACCGAUCGAUCCUGACAUCGAGCUUUGAGAAGUCGCUGGCUAUAUUCGCCGACUUGACUGGGUUGAGCCGACAGGAUUGGGCUUCUUUACGGGAAAUCUUGUUCCUUGUUCGCGACAAAGAUGAUGAUGUGCCGGGGAUGAUCCAGAGCCUGCCCAGGCAGCUUUCCACGCUCCGAGACCGAAUGCGUGGCCGGAUGCCCAUGAUGCAUAUGCGAGAAGCCGACAUCCCUCUGAACAUUCUGAAACUACCUACCCUACCAGCGACACUCAAGCCGGAGGAGCGCCGUCGAGUUGAAUCCAUACGAAGCCGGGCCGAGGCAAAGACCGCGGCGGUGUCUACAGCCAAGGCCGCGACGAAAGCAGCCCGUGAGAAUGGCAGAGACAGUGCCGAGGCCCGGGCCGCUACGAAGGCUGCUGAGACGGCAAGGGCUCGUGUAGAAAAGCUUCAGGGCAAGGCCAAGGAUGUCGGCGACGAUGAGCUGUCCCUGGGUGACCUUCCCAAGGUGACCAUGCGGCUUACCUUCUUCGACCCGCCUACAUUGUUCCGAAAUCUCGUUGCAUCUGACAUCGGCCGUAGGGCACAUACUGGGCCUGGAUUUUUCGUCGACGCACCACACGAGCUGUUUGAAUCGCAUUCGUGGCUUUCGUCGGUACGCACAACAUCUGGCCGGUAUGCCCACAUCAUUCUCGACGAUGGCCGCAUUGGCCCUACGAUCUUCCCUUCUGACUGGGUCUAUUACCGGUGCCUGGAUUCCGCUUGCGUACUACGAUGCUCCGCCAUUCGAGAUCACUCGGACGAUAUCGUCAACAUCCACAUCGGCCGCGUAUAUGGCGUAGGACUGGAUCGUCGAACCAGACCAUGCACGGCAAUGCCAGAUGAGCUUUGCUUACAGAUCCAGGAAGCACAUCGAAUCCAGAGCUCAUUCCUUGCCAAUGUUGACUUGUCGCCAGCACAGUUGACCAAUGAGCUAGUACUGUCUACCGACCCCGUCUAUAUUCCAGAGAGCCUGGUCUACUCCCACAUCGACGUUCAUGUCGACCGUCACUUUGGUGAAGAACACCAUGAUCCUGGCUGGAAGCUGCCCAAGCAACGUGCGAACUCGAAACGACCACCUGAACCGUACCCGAAGUACAUCGCACCGGUGUACCAGCAUACACGCCGGGAUGAAGAAUGGUAUCUGGCCCGUCGUAUGGUUGUCGGGGGAGAGGAUGUUGUCCCCUUGUGUCAUACGCAUCCAAUCCGUGCCGAGUUGGAACUUGACUGGUGGGGCCGGGCAGUCUUCGAGGGCGAACCACAUGCAUCGGAUUUUAGCGACGUGAUCAAGGCCUUGAAAACGAUGGCGCUCCUCGAUGCUGGCAUGGUGAUGGAAAUCAACGGAGAAGAGGUCCGACUAUGUGCAUUCACGAUGUGCUAUACCGGCGAUAUGCCUCAGCAAGCUGAGAAUUCUGGUUUCAAGGGCCCUCGAGCCCACAAGUUCUGCCGUUGCUGCUUCGCAUCUGCUGGCCAACGCGCUGUCGAUCCGGACGUCUUGCUAAAGUUCGACAUUACGACGCAUGGACGCUUCCAUGUCCAAACUACGGAAAUGCAGCAUAUGCUGGAAACGGGGCUGAGGAAUGCGUCGGAACGGAGGCGGUUCUGUUCGCAGUGGGGAAUGGCCGAAGAGAUCCCAGCGCUUCCCCAUCUGUCUCCGGCAUUGGACUUGAUCCUUUCACGUCCCGUCGACGCUGCACAUUCGGAAUACAACGGCCUCGGUAACCUAAUGCACUUCCUCUUGCGCGAUGGCAUCUUGACGAAGACUGCGCGUACUGAGUACGCUCUAGAGCUUCGGACUUGGCCGUUUCCACCAGGAUGGUCGAGACUGCAAUCUCCAAUCCAUCACCUGUCCAGCUAUAAUAUGUCGAGUCACGCUCAGUGGAUCGUUGUCAUUCCAGUCUUCCUGCUCAACUGGCUGAAGAAGGACCAUAUCAAGCCGAGAUUUUAUACACAGGCCGAGAGCGAGACGGGAAAGGACCCAGUCGACCUGAUUGUCGAGACCACGGCUGCCAUUGCGAAGAGUACGACCGUCCUGAUGGGCAGGCAAAUUUCACCCGAUGAUCGGAGAGACAUGAACCGAAUCAUCUACCGCGCACGCCAUCUCUUCAACCAACUCUGUCUCUUCGCUGCGGUAACUUCCACCGGAUCCGCCGCUGGUUCUCUCGCAGGUACGCCGGGGCCACAGCCCGCGGUAGAUGCUUUCGCUGACACACUGGACAAUACCGGGUCUGGUCGGUCAUUACAGUAUAUGAACGACACCCUCCGUCCGAAUAUUCAUGUCGCCACGCAUUUUCCAGCCUUCGCCGAAGAGUAUGCGUCACCGGUUAACUGCAAUACCCUGACAGGGGAGAAUCUCCACAGCAAAAUUCUCUCGCGAGCCGACCGUAACGGGUUGGAAGCUUUACAGGAAGCCGAAGAGCAUGAAAUCGACGUAGAUCAGUCGGCCGACGCGACACAUUUGGCGCCGUCCGCGAUCAACCGCAUUCCAACCGGAGAUGUCGUUGCGACGCAUCCGGCCAACGAAGGCAAACGACUUCCAUUACGUUCGACUGAUGCAACACCAACUUGGCGCCGGUUGAUCCGGUUGGCUUACGAGCACGACUACGGCAAAGCCCGACAAUUCCCAUCCUUCUUCGAGAACCGAGCUGUCCAGUGGUCUCGGAAGUUCGGCUUUACGGACAGGGACUCAAACGAGCGGUUUACCUUCAGAGCUGGCGAUUAUGUACAGUUUACCCGCGACGGAGGUGUCCAAUUCGGCCGGGUCGACCACAUCUUCGUACUCGAUAACUUUGCCGACCGACAUAUCUUCGUGGUGUUGAUCCCAGUAAGGCGAACCGAGACUCGGCAUCAUAUACUGGACUUGGAGGUUAUGGAAGAGAUGGAAGGACAAGCUGUCAUUGUCGGGGUCACUGCGGUCUCUCCUGUUGGCUUGUACAUGGUUCGGGUAGAAGGGGUUGGGACUGUCUGGGUCGACUGGGACGUCCACACGCUGUAA